AGUGGCAGUGGCAAUUUAAAACUCCUCGACGUCAACGGUAAGUUAUUUGGGCGCCCCUCCACUCAAUGGUAAAUCAUUCACCGGCACGCCUCCAGUCUGCAGUCCUGCUCGGCUGCUCUCUUCUUCUCGUCUUCUCUCCAUCAAAUCUGUUUAGCAAUCAGGGGUCGGGGCAAGAGUUACAAAUUGAACCAGAAGUCUCAGUACAGGCAAGUUCAACCCAUGGGCGAGGCAGAGGUGAAGCUAGAGGUCGGGGUCAGUUACAGAAUCCUGAAUACAUUACAAAAGAAGAUUUGGCUAUUGAAUUAGGUACUCAACUUAUUCCUUUGCUGCAAAUGACCCAAAAACAGAAGAAGAGACAGUUAGGAGAGAAGGUGAUUGAAAAGAGAAAGUGGGAUGGACCGCCACAUGAUUUCAAAAUGCCAAAACUUGGUAGAUUUGAUAACCGUCCUAAUCAUAAGGGUUACUGAAUGACCAUGUCUCAGAUGUCACCGAGUACAUCGCGGUGAGUGUAAUAAGAAUCCGAGAUAUUGUUUUAGAUGUGGGAAACCGCGACAUGUUGUUGUUGAUUCUCGAGCAACCCGAGUUUGUUAUCACUAUAAUUCUCCGGACCAUAUUAGAUCGGACUGUCCACAAUUGAGGGGUUCGGGAAUGAAUUAUACCGAGGGUAAUCGAGGAAAUCAAAGUGAAGCUAGAAAGGUCGAUCAGUCAAAAGCUAAGGGGCGUGCAAUUCAGAUGACCAAGGGAGAACCCGAAGAGACACCAGAUAUGGUGACAUGUAUGUUUUUGGUGAACUUCGCAUGUGCUAAAGUGUUAUUUGAUUCUGUUGUCAAUUGUUCUUUUGUUUAUCCUUCAUUCGUUGAUUGUCUACAUGUGGAACCCAAACUGUUAGAUUAUGUUUUAGUAGUAGAGACUGAUAAUGAUGAUCGGGUUUCAGUGAAUAA